AUUUAAGGAAGGUUCACUUCCGGGAACACCGGAAGCAGUUUGAAGAUGGCGUCCUCUAAGUUGGAUUGUCCCGCCGCGGCGUCUGGGAAAAGUGAGUUUCGUAGCAAGAAGCCGAAGCCGGAGAACCGAGAUGAAUCAGAGCUCCUCACUGUUCCUGAUGGUUGGAAGGAACCAGCUUUUUCCAAAGAGGACAAUCCCAGAGGACUGUUGGAGGAGAGCAGUUUUGCAACUUUGUUCCCUAAAUACAGAGAGGCUUACUUGAAAGAGUGCUGGCCUUUGGUACAGAAAGCCUUGAAUGAACAUCAUGUUAACGCAACUCUGGACCUGAUCGAGGGCAGCAUGACUGUUUGUACAACAAAGAAGACUUUUGAUCCAUAUAUCAUCAUUAGGGCCAGAGACCUAAUAAAACUGUUAGCAAGGAGUGUUUCAUUUGAACAGGCAGUACGAAUCCUUCAGGAUGAUGUUGCGUGUGACAUCAUUAAGAUAGGCUCUUUAGUAAGAAAUAAAGAAAGAUUUGUAAAAAGAAGACAACGGCUUAUUGGUCCCAAAGGAUCUACAUUGAAGGCAUUGGAACUCUUAACAAACUGUUACAUUAUGGUUCAGGGAAACACGGUUUCAGCCAUUGGACCUUUUAGUGGCUUAAAAGAGGUUCGAAAAGUAGUCCUAGACACUAUGAAGAAUAUUCAUCCAAUUUAUAACAUUAAAACCUUAAUGAUUAAACGAGAGUUGGCAAAAGAUUCUGAGUUAAGAUCACAAAGUUGGGAGAGAUUUUUGCCACAAUUCAAGCACAAAAAUGUGAAUAAACGCAAGGAACCCAAGAAAAAAACUGUUAAGAAAGAGUAUACACCGUUCCCACCACCACAGCCAGAAAGUCAGAUUGAUAAAGAAUUGGCUAGUGGUGAAUACUUUUUGAAGGCAAGUCAAAAGAAACGACAGAAGAUGGAAGCCAUAAAGGCUAAGCAAGCAGAAGCGCUCAGUAAGAGACAAGAGGAAAGAAACAAAGCUUUCAUUCCACCUAAAGAAAAACCAGUUGUGAAGCCUAAGGAAGCUUCUACUGAAACUAAAAUUGAUGUGGCUGCCCUCAAGGAAAAGGUUAAGAAAGCAAAGAGUAAGAAACUGGGAGCUCUUACAGCUGACGAAGUUAAGCUUAAAAUGGAAGCAGAUGAAAAGAAAAAGAAGAAAAGAAAGUAACAUACAAAACCCCAAAACCCCGAUCUAGAAUUUAUUAAGCUAUCUCCUUUUGUAAAGGAUUUUGCGAUACUAGGGCAUUAGUUGCCUUAACUGUGAGAAGUAAUACUCUCAUCAAUUUUUUCUGUUUGUUUUGUUCUUUAUAACAGUGCUUCUAUAAACAGCUAUUCUUUAUAAAUUA